GUACAAGCGGGGAACACAAAUGGAAUAUGGCGGAGAAUGGGUCGUUUUUACGCUUAAAGUUGAGGUCGCAAAUGCGGCCACAGAUCAGCAAUGAUGUCCAAACAAAUACCAUACAUUUAUCAGAAUCUGCAUCACAAAAAAAAACUGCUGCACAAAGGUCAAAGAAUUACAGGGACAAAAUAAAACAAGACCCUGAAAAAUAUAUUGCAUACUUAGAAAGAGAAAAAGAACGAAAUAGAAAAUGGAGGGAAAAUUGGUCUUCUGAACAAAAAAUCAAUCAGAGGGAAAAAACGAGGUUACGAGUACGUAAAUGGGGAGAAGAAAGAAAACCAGAGGAAAUUGUUAAAUUAAAAAAAAAACCUAAACCAAAAACACGUGCACAAGUAAGUUCAGAAAGAGAAUACUGGCAGAGAAAAAAAGAAGAACAACGAGCAAAGUACUCAAGCCAAAAGAGAAGAAGAAUUAAUGAAAAAAGGCGGUUGCAAUACAAAUUGAAUAAAUCCAAGAGCACAACUGAAAACCUAAUGCCAGCUGAAUCAACAGAAACUCACCAAGGGUAUUCAACAAAGGAAGCAGAAAGAAAGGCUGUGUACAGAGCCUCGUUGCAUCUACCUUCAUCACCUGAAAAGUUUGCAUCUGUAGUUGGGGGGUUGACUGCUAAGGCAACUCCAAGAAAAAGAGAAGCAUUGACCAAACAUGGCCUUUUACUGACACCAACAAAAAAAAGACAUCUUAGGAUAAGCCAAGAAAUAAUCUGCAAGAUGAAAGAUGAUUUGCAUAAAACCAGAAAACAUCGCACUAAGGAGGUUUUAAAGAAAAGAAGACUUUUAACUAGCUUCAUACUUAAAGAUGCUGAAAAGAGAAAGGCUGGCAUUUCUUGGAAAUUUGCAGUUAAAUGUUCAAAACUUAAAGAUGUAUGGGAAGAAGAUUCUGAAAAACCAAAAAGAAGUGAUGCUUUGACAGAAGAUACAAUUGACAAGAUAGAAAAAUUCUACAAAGAUUUUGACACUGUAUGUCUGCCGGAUAAAAAACAGGCAUCAUUGAAAUCUGAAGAACCAAAAAGAAUCUUGCAGAGCAGUUUAAGGGACAACUACAAUGAAUUCCUUAAAGAAAACCAAGAAUGUACAUUAAAUUUUUCCAAGUUCACUGCACUAAGACCCAAGACUGUACAGACUAUGAGUAAAUCUAUUUUUAACAAUUGUCUUUGUGAGUAUUGUACAAAUAUUCAAUAUAAAGUAAAGGCACUAAAUAUUAAAGGAAUUAACACCAGAUAUGACUUGUUAGCAAGAACUGUAUGCCAAAAACCAGAAGGAUCUAGAUAUUACAAAAUUGAAUGUUUUAAAAGGUUAUGCAAAUUAUGUGGGGUAGAUAAGUUUAUUUCCCAGUUAGACUUGAACAAAAGGCAUAUUAUACAAUGGUAUAAAUGGGAAACGCAGACGUAUAUGCAUGCAAAUGAAAAAAAAUCAAAGAAGGUUCUAAGUUUAAAGAAAGAGAGUGUCAAUAAUUUCCUUGAAGAGCUCAAAAAAGAAUUACAGCCAUUCAGUGCUAUCUUAAAUACUGCCUGGUGGCAACAUGACCAAUUCAGACAUGUGACACAGAAUUUGCCGUCUGAUUGGACUGUUUUCUGUAGUGAUUUUGCAGAAAAUUACACAUGUAUAUACCAGGAUGAAGCACAAAGUGCACAUUGGUCUCAUGACACAGUUACUCUUUUCAGCAUUGUUGCCUACAUCAGAUGCAAAUUCUGUAAGUUAGUCGUAACUCAAAGCAUGAUCUAUGUGUCAGAAGACAAAAAACAUGACUUUCAUUAUGUUCAACAUUGUAUUUCAUUGGCAAACGAGUAUAUACAAAGAGUUUAUGAGAUUAAAUCUAAGAGGCAGAUUCACUUCAGUGAUGGAGCAGCAUCACAGUUCAAGUCGAAAACCCCAUUUGCAGAUGCUCUUCACAGCAAAUCAGACUUUGGUUUUCCUGUUGAGAAACACUUCUUUGGAAGCAGGCAUGGUAAAGGACCAUGUGAUGGUGAAUUCGGGGUUAUUAAAAGAAUUGUAACAAAUGCUGUAAAAAACAGAAAAGCCAUGGUGAAAAAUGCAAGUGAAUUCUUUGAUUUUGCAGAGGCAAAUUUAAGACGGCCAACACUAGACUCGCAGAAUGAAUGUUGUCAUUUUAGAAGAAAUUUCUUCAUAGUAAAGGAAGGUGAUGUCAACAGAAAACGCCAAGAGAGGACCAAUGUGAAGGCUGUUCCUGAAACCAGACAACUUCAUUCUGUGAGGGCUUCCAAUGAUUCGGCUUCUCUAGAAAAGCGCACACUUAGCUGUUUUAGCUCAACAUGCAUACAAGGAUCUGGUUCCUGUCAUAAUGUAGACAUGGUAGAAGGUUGGAUAAAAGAGACACAAAGAAGACAGUUGAACAAGAAAGACACCUCUAAAAAAAGUAAGAAAGUUGACAAGAAAAAUGUCAAAGGUUUGUUUAAGGAAACUCCAAGAAAACAGUUGAGCAAGAAAAACCAAAGAGCAACUCGUUCAAAUAGCCACAAAAAAGCAGACUCACAAGAGAGAACACAGGAUUUACCAAAACAAAAAGAAUUUAACAGACAAGACACAACAGUUGAAGAAUUGCACUCUCUUGAAAAUACCUCACCACAAAUCAAUGAACUAUCAGUCAAUAUUGCAAGAGUGCAAGAUAAUAAGGACACUCUUUUUGAAGUUAUAUUACAAACUUUGAAGAGCUCUACUACAGUAGAUGACAUGAUGAUUAAAGGAACUGAACUCGCAAGUGUAAUACCACAUCUUAGGUGCAACAAAGAUGAAGACAUUUCUAUUUCUGGAAGUGGGUUACAUAUUGACAAGUUCGGGAUGGAACUGUUGCCGGAUGAUGUCAAGGAAGGAUAUUUCCCUGCAAGUGUACUUGGUGAUGGAAAUUGCUUGCCUAGGUCUGCUAGUGUGAUAAUGUAUGGAACAGAAAACAAUCAUACGGAACUACGUGCCAGAAUUGCAUUAGAACUGGCAUGCUAUUUGCCGCUAGAUUAG